CGAAGUUCCCGUGCGCCCUGGCCAUGUGGGAGCUCGGCCACUGCGAUCCCAAGAAAUGCACCGGGAGGAAACUGGCCCGGAAAGGGUUGCUGCGAACCCUGCGCCUCCGCCAGCGGUUCCCGGGCCUCGUCCUCAGCCCUCUGGCUACGGAGUACGUCUCUCCGGCCGACAGGCAUAUCAUUGCUCAGAGUGGAAUUGCAGUCAUCGAUUGCUCAUGGGCCAAAUUAGAAGAAACUCCCUUUAAGAGAAUGAGGGGAGGUCAUCUACGGCUGCUGCCUUACUUGGUGGCUGCAAAUCCUGUAAACUAUGGUCGGCCAUGCAAGCUGUCCUGUGUGGAAGCUUUUGCUGCAGCUUUCUGUAUUAUUGGAUUCCCAGACCUAGCCACCAUUCUUCUAAGGAAAUUUAAAUGGGGUAAGGCAUUUAUUGACUUGAACAAAAAUCUCUUGGAAAAAUAUGCAGCCUGUCAUUGCCAGGAAGAAGUGCUGAGAAUUGAAAAGGACUUUUUAGCCAGUGUCCAGGAAACAAAAGACGAAGAAAUAGAUCCAUUUGAUGUCGACUCAGGAAAAGAAUUUUCUAAUCCCAACAGACCAAUCAAUUCCCCAGGACUAGCACAAAGUAAUGAAGAAUCUGACGAGGACAGCAUGAGCACUCCAGAUGAUGCUACUGAUGAAAGCAGUUCAGAAGAUGAUGGUGCUGUAAAGUUGCUGCAAUAACAGCCAAUAAAUCAACUAUUUGAAAAGUAAAAAAAAAAAAAAACGACCCAAACAAAAAAGCCCAACAAACAAAAAACCACCGCAUACCACAAGACCAUAAGAAAUGCCCCCAACAAUCCCAAAGAGUUGUAGUAGCUUGUAUAGACAUUUUCUUGUGAACAGUUAACAGUGUGGUUUGUUCACCUGUAACUUGAUGCUUAGCAAAGGCCUUCCUAAAGUGAACGUCAGGCUGUACGUGGGUUUAUAGGUCUAUUUGUGCACAUAAAGGCUUUAGGUUAUUUAAUUUUUAGAUGUUUAUGGAAUGCUAAAUAUUAUGUAAAGAGCCUAAAGCUUAGUUACAAGUUAAAAAACUGUAUUCUAAUCAAUGUGUCUGGAAAGUGGUUUAUAGGAAUUAUUUUUACCUAGCAUUAGGUAAUUAACUAAACCCUUCUAACUUCUGGGCUAUAUUUCAACUGGAAAGCAUGAAUAAGUUAUUGCCCUGGUCAGAGUACCUGCCACAUAAGGACCCUCUGACUUCUUGCAGGCUUGAACCUGCCAUAUGUAUUUCAGCUACUUUAGGGUAAACUGGCUACCUAAGCUUAAAAAGGUAAAAAUGCUUCCUGGAACUGUUUUAAAAUCCGAGUAGGUCUUUUCAGUAACUUUACAUGCUAUUUUUUUUGUUUGCUCCAAUAGACAGUCCUAAGCAACAUACAAUGUUUUGGCACUUUAUAUUCAGAACUAUACCAUAGAAUUACAGAUAAUGGGUUCAGCAAUGCUAUCUGCCUGCAUCCUCAUUACUUGAAAUGACACUUUACCAAGUCAGAAAUACACAUUGUCUGGCCCUUAAAGAUUGAGUCAGAGACUCUCAUCAGCAGUAGUCUCUUUGCUCACUUUUUCAUAUGCCUGCCAGUUGUAUAGUGAAAGUGCAGCUGUUAGCAGUUGUUUUCUGUACAUUUAAAUAGAAUGCUCUUUUGAGUUUUCAGCACCCAGUUGGAACGUAUUUAAACCUAACUGGAGAUACUGAGGACAAUUCAUAGUGUUACCUUCGUAUAUACAAGUUCUUCAAGUUACAGCAGGAUUUUCACCUCUUAACCCUCUUCUAGUAGAGAGAUUAAAUGCUAGCCCUACUGGAGCUAGAACUGGGAGUCGCAGCAGCAGUUUUAGUGCUACAAAUAUUCCAUUUCCCUUUAAAAAGAAAAAAAGAAGCCCAGGUAAAUGAAUUUGACAGGGAAUCUUUUCCUUUACCUCAGUUUCUCAAUUACUCACUUUCCCACCCGAAGCAUAUGAAGUCUUUCCCAAAUCAGCGGUUCUAAUAAGGAUUUCUAGACAGUGAUAAGGGAGCAAUCCUACACAAUUUGUAAAGGACUGAGAGUAGUGUGAGGGUGUUAGCUAUUCUAAUUUGGGGGAAUGCUUUUAUGUUAUAAAGCUAUUGUAAUCAAAUGCAGACAAGUAGAACAGAUCUGAGAAGAGAGCUG